CUCCAAAAAGCAGAAGAGUGAAAAAGGAUACACCUGCAGCUGAAUUUAUUUUACAGCUUUUUUUGCAGGCACCAUGAACAUCCAGGAAUAUUUCACCAGAAUUUCUUACAAAGGCCCCAGUGAAAACCUGGACUUGGAGACCUUAACUGCAAUCCUCCAGCACCACAUCCGGGCUGUGCCCUUUGAAAACCUCAGCAUCCACUGCGGGGAAACCAUUGCGCUGGAGUUAGAGGCAGUGUAUAACAAAAUAGUGAGGAGGAAUCGUGGUGGCUGGUGCUUGGAAAGUAACCAGCUGUUGUUCUGGGCUCUGAAAACACUGGGAUUUAAUGUCACUCUUUUGGGAGGAAAAGUGUACGACCCAGAUGACAAGGCAUAUGCUGAUCAUCUGAAUCACCUUCUGUUAAAAGUGGCCCUUGCUGACAAAUCCUACAUUAUGGAUGGCGGGUUUGGGGCAGUCUAUCAAAUGUGGGAGCCCAUGGAGCUGAUUUCUGGGAAAGACCAGCCUCAGACUCCUGGCACCUUUCGCUUUCUGGAAGAGAAGGGGACCUGGCACCUGGAGAAGAGAAAAAGGCUGGCAUACUUUCCCAGCCAUGGCCACUCGAAGGUUCAUCUGCUGCAAACAAAUGACUACAGUAAGGUUUACAUCUUUACCCUUGAGCCACGAGAGAUAGAAGAUUUCAGGGCCUUGAAUGUGGAUGGCCAGACAUCUCCAGAUUUUGUGUUGGUACGAAAGUCCAUCUGCAGCCUCCAGACUGCCAGCGGGAUGCGGUCCUUAAUUGGGUGGAGAUAUACUGAGAUAAAAUACAACUACAGGGAGAACAUGGAUCUGGUAGUAGCCACAAUUCUUCCCGACGAAGAGGUGGAGAAGACACUGAAAGACAAAUUCAAUAUUACUCUAGAUAAGAAACUUCAACCAGUGAAUAAAGGCAAGUCAUCUGUAUUUCACCACUUGGCCAGACUCUAAUCCCACGGGGUAACAUCGGACAGAAUCUCUCUCAGCAUCCGGUUGAUUUCAAAUCACCUAAGGCCUAUGUUAUCACUGUUCAUCGUGGGUAAUGAGAAGGAUGGCACAUAGUCAUGCCACUGUAGGAAAGAAAUGUUGAUUCUCACAGCUCCACUUCCUUCCACACUUCUUCCUUUGCUCCAGAUGUGUAUACCAGUCACAAUUUGCUUCCUACUUGGGCCAAGCUUGGCUGCACUGGCUGUUGCGCUGGGAACUGAAGGCAAGUCUUUGCCUAUUCUCUGCUUCUCCUUCCAUACAACUGCCCAAGGAAUAUCAAUGCAGAAAGACGAUGCAAGCCCCCGCUACGCUUGAAUGAUAGGGCACAGUGUUUCUUAAAUCUGCUGGUUCCCACCUGUGGCUCUGCAUCAACACAUUGCGCAUCAGGGAUUUAGACCCAGCACAUGGCCAAACUAAAACAUUAAUUUACUGCCACGUUUGCAGUCUGAAAAGCAGACAGCUAAUGGGACGUUUAUUGACCUGCUACUGAGUCUUGACACAGCCUCCAGGCUCUUCAUGGCCUGAGCAUGUAGGGACCAAUUUUGAUGGAAAUGACAGCAUUUAUAAAAAAUAUAAAUUAAGCCUGCUUUUUAAAACCAUUUUCACUGAUGGAAUUAACUCAGAUUUUCCCCGGUUAAAAGACAAUUAAUUUUCAUUAGUCAAUAUAUUUUUCAAAAUUGUUUGUUUCGUGAGAAAUAUUUUAGGAUUACCUGCCUUUUAAAAUAAGAUUGCUGCUCCAUUGUUGCUGUGGUGGGUACAUUUCAUCUGAAUCAUCAGCCAUUGUAUAUAUUGCUUUUAAACUGGGGUCACUGUCUUGCAAAACCUCACUUGUGAACGGUCAAUACAUAAGUCAAUGGAGUUACUUUCCUGUAUAAGGAGAACCAAUGUUUGCUGUUUUAAUUGAUCUGCCAUUCAGAGAUGUUACA